AUGAUUGGAAUAGAUGUAAGAACCCUUUUCAUGUCGAAUAGUGUGUUGUUGUUAGAGAAGACUUUUGGGGCUAGGGAGAUUACACUUUUGAACCCUGUUUGGAUUCAUUCUAAGCGUAAUGGUGCAAAACUGUGGUACCAAGUGAUAGCAGGAGUCACUGAACAAAGAAUUCUGGAUCCAUUGCUUCAUGAUCGCAAGCUCUUAUUGAGUGCAGUCUGCUUUGCAGUUCGGACAGGGAACACGCUUUUGGGUUCAUUGAUAUUUGCUUUUAUGAGCAAAACAAUGAGCAAAUAUUUAAGUUUGAAUUGGUUCACACGGAAUGGCCAAUCUUUACGGUACAAUGAUUUGUCAAUGAACAAGCUCACUGGAAUUAUCCCUGAGGGUUAUGGCCAAAUGAAUCAGUUAGAAGACUUGGUUUUGUCAGGCAACAUUUUUUCUGGUUUUUUACCAACUAGUAUUUGUUCAAACACAACUAUCCUCCAGAGCUUGUAUCUUUCAAACUGUCAAUUUUCUGGUGAAAUCCCACUAGAAAUUGGAAAAUUUCUGUCAUUGGAAAGGCUUGAUUUAUCCAACAAUACACUUAAUGGAUCGAUACCGGUCGAGUUAUAUGGUCUGCUUAAUCUGACUGAUCUAUAUCUGUAUAACAACAGUUUAUGA